UGACGCAACUAGCUGGUCCACCUUAAAAGUGGGCGGGCUCAAGCGUUCUGGCCAAUCAGCGGUCGUCUUUGCAUUUAAAUAGCCCUGCGUGUCAAUCAUGUUUUCCUCCCCCCAGUCAACCUCCCCUCUCAAUCCCAACUACAUCUCUCAAUCGCCAUAUUGGGUCUGAGAAGGUUUGUCUGCAGUUUCUCUCACUACGGGACGAAAUUGACAGAGCGGCUUCACAUCCUGUGCACUUUGUUUUGAUGACCGGCGGAGACCACCUUCGGCUUCACGACACCGCGGCCGUUACCGUCUCCGGCUCGACGUAUGCAUGGCAUAAGUCGUUUUGCGCUUGUUUUGGAUCUUUCUCCGCGACGAGGAGAUACCCGUUGUUUUUGAGCGCUGUGUUUUUCUCGUGAAAACUGGACGCUCCCGGCUCUGUGAAAAAUCGCGUCUGUCUCGGGUGGAAAAUGUCAGAUGUUCGACUUUCAAACGGGAGCCCGACGCUGGAGCGGACGGACCCCCGGUUGUCGGAGCACCCGAAGCCGUCAGCCUGCAGGAGUCUGUUCGGCUCGGUAGAUCACGAAGAGUUAAAGAGGGAUUUAAAGGGACAUUUGCGGGAGCUGGAAGAGGCUGCCUCCGCCAAGUGGGGCUUCGACUUCGCCAAUCACACGCCGCUGGCCAACGGCAGGCUCGAAUGGGAACAAGUGGAUUGCAGAGGCGUCCCGGAUUUCUACAACCGGCAGCCGCGGAGGGAGAAAGGCGUCUGCUCCGCUGGGAAUAACAAUGUGGAUCUAAAUGGGAAUCAUAACUAUGUUGUGGUGGCUCCGAGCGAAGACACGGGCAGGUCUGACGGGCCGAUGGAGUGCACGGAGCAGUGCACCGGGAUGAGGAAAAGACCUGCAUGCCACGACCCCUCGGCCCAAAACAAGAGGUCACACACCAGCUCAGAGGAGGUCAGCUGUCCGAGCCGGAGCCACUCUGCAGAACACACACCCAGAAAGCCCAGUCCCAAGAGGCAAACGUGAGGACGAGAAACGAGCUGAAGAUGCAUUUCUCGCUUUUUUUUAUAUUUUAUUUUUUUUUACAUGGGAAACCUCAGUGUUGGCCGAUAUUUUUUUUUUUCUUUUUUUUUUUUUUUUUUGGAAGAGGAUCUACGCAGCAUCGGAAACAUAUCAACUCUCCUGAAGACGGGGGAGGACGCUGUUGAAGCACUGAAUAGAAACACUAAAAUUGUGGCACUCAAUUAAAAGUUACUGCCUCUAAAAGCAGUCGAUGUAGCAGUGUGCAAUUAGGUUUGAUUUCCUUUUUUGCUCCUUUUUUUAACUACCUGUGUGUAAAUAAAUAUAUAAAUAUAUAUAUAUUUCUAUAUAUAUAUAUAUAAUAUUUCUCUCCAUAUGUAGCACAUAAGAAAACAUUAUGAUUUAGAAACAAAUCCUUUAUGUAUAAAGGUGUGAAUUUUGAUUUGACUUGAAGAAUUGCAGUGUAGUUUGAUACAUGUUUCCAAAAUGCUGUUCUGUUUGUUAUAUCUAUAUAUUUUUUUUCUCGAAAGGCAGUGUGAUAUUGUCACAGACCCGCAUUGCUACAAUUAAAACAAAAAUCAUGGCUUCUUUACAGUUUCUUAACAGUGCGUCUUCACUCCGUCAUCUUCCUAUCUCAGCAGUGAAGAACGGUACAAAUGUAGCUCCCCUCUUGUAUUUAAAUUUUUUCUUCCUUCCUCUGGUCACUGCAGUGUCACCAAGUUCACCUGUGACAUCUAGUUCACGCAAAAUCAAUACAGGAAGAAAUGCUAUAUUUCUGUGAGGGCUUUCUUUCAAAAUCAGCCGGUAUUUAUUGUGUAAUUGAGGUGCUUUUAGCAUCAGUUGAAUCCUGGAAUAUAAUCUUUUUUUCCCCCCCUGUCUUUCUCUCUUAUGUUCUCUUGCACACCUCAGCCACAUUGUAAUGGUGUUUGAUUCCCCCCCCCCCCUUUGGAGUUGUGAGGUACUCAGAUAUUGAAGGACAAAGACCGUACAAACUGCACAGGUUGUGUUCUCCUUGACUGUAUUUGUUUCAUGAGCCUUAUUGCUCUUCAGAGAGGAGGCUUUCUGAGAAGGGUUGAAUGUCCUACAAUACCAAAUACAUGGUUGCUUCAAUACGUUUGCCAGCACUGCCUGUGCUCCUUAAUUGACUUCACAUUGUGUUACUUUGUGAUAUCCUAGACGUUUGUACUCUUUCUCCUUUUUUUUUUUUCCAUCAAUGUUGUUAGCCUGCUGAGGAUGCAACUGUGAGCAUCUAAAAGCUCCUCUUUAUUUGCCUGAAGUGUGGUUUAUAUUCAAAGAGCCCAGGGUGCACCUGGAUGGAGACAGAAAACAGCUCGUCUCAGAAAUGCAGUCACCAUGCCUGUGUAUUUGUGUAAAUCUUUGCAAUGUAUAUAAUUUUGUAAAAACACUGAGAAAUUAUACUAACUUAUUUAUGUCAAACUUUUUUUUUAAUGUAGAAUAAAAAAAUGGGUUUUUGAUUACGGUUAUCCAAAGUGGCAUUUACUUUAUUAUAAUUGUUUUAUUUUGUAAAGGCAUAUUUUUGGUAGUUUUUUUUUUUUCUUAUCAAUAAGGUUGCAAACUGAGCCUGAUAAAAUAUUUGAUGUGCAUUUUGUAAUGUGUGGUUAUAAAAUGUGUUGCAAUCAAUUAAAAGAGAAAAUUAAAUCUA